AAAUCCAGACAAAAUAUUCCAUUCAAGAUUAAUUGACAAUUUGUGAGUCUCGAGCACCGAUUUAAAUUAUUAAUCUUUCCCUCAAUGUCAGAAGAUACCCAAAAGCUGUGCUGCCAUCUCUUUUAUUUAAAACAUUACAGUUUUUUAAAUUUCAACAUUAAUCGCAACUGUACUUGUGAUAAUUUUUCGCACAAGUCAAUUUCAACCAACAAACUGUACUCUUGUUAAUAUUAUAUGAUUUAAAAUUGUUUUGGUGUUCAAUUAGUUUGCCCUUAAAUUAUACUUUGUUUAUAUGGAACCAGUUUCGAGUCAACAGUAAAUUGUACUAAAAAGUUUACCUCAAGAUAAACUGUUUCACUUUGAUCCUGUUACCUAAAGAUGGCUCUCAAAAAGAACUUUUAGGAGAGGGAACUUUUCGGUUAAAAGGAGAGUAAAGAGAGAGGUGGAAGGAGAGAGAAAGUGAGAUCAGUGACUUUGUGAGUUAGAGAGUUACCUAGGAACUGGAAAAGUGUUUAAAUCUCUCAUCAUAAGAAUCAUUUCUGAUCAAAAGAGCGUGUGUUUGUUUGUGUAUUUCAAAAGAUGAGUGUAUCUCGUUUUCAAGUAGCCAAAGUGACUGGUGACAAUGGAUCCAAAGAUGGUGAAGUGUCAACUGAGGAAAUCGCCCUUAAUGGUUAUGGUGAAACCAAUGGUCAUGGUGAGGACGAUGAUUACAACCAUGAGAAUUAUGAAAAUGAUGAAAACUGUGACCGGGCCACUUCAUCUCCUGUACCCUUUAACCAUCAAAGUACAAUGGAUUACAACAAUAGCCAUACUGUUUAUGAUACCAAAAAUUUGAAAAGCUUCAGACAUUAUACCAGAGAAGCUCUUCCUCGAGUUGACCAUUACAGGGACAUUAAUUCGGUUCAUGGACAUAUGAGCCGGCCAACUUUAGAUGAACUCCAUGGUUGUGAUAUGUCAUCAACAUUUCAUGAUUCACAAAAGCGUAAAGACCGGAAAUCAUUGCUUUCACCGGAUCCCGGAGAGUCUGCUGUCAAAUUUGGAUGGGUGAAAGGAGUUUUGGUACGAUGUCUCGUAAAUAUUUGGGGAGUCAUGUUGUUUCUUCGUCUCUCAUGGGUUGUUGCUCAAGCAGGAAUUGGUUAUGCUGUCCUCAUAGUUCUUUUUGCCUCACUGGUUACAGUUAUCACAACCCUUUCCAUGUCCGCCAUUUGUACCAAUGGGGAGGUACGAGGUGGUGGAUCGUACUAUAUGAUCUCAAGAAGUUUAGGACCUGAAUUUGGAGGUUCCAUCGGAGUCAUCUUUUCAAUUGCCAAUGCUGUGGCUGUCGCUAUGUAUGCCAUUGGUUUUUCAGAAACUGUUAGCGCUUUACUUAAGGAAAAUGAAAUCACAUUAUUCGCCGACGAAAUCAACAAUGUUCGAUUUAUUGGAUGUAUUACUGUGCUUUUGCUUUUAGGAAUCGCUCUUAUAGGGACAGAGUGGGAAGCAAAGACUCAAAUUUUCCUGCUAUUCAUUCUGCUCUUGGCAAUGGCCAAUUUUGUUCUUGGAACCUUUAUCCCACCAAAUGAACAAAAAAAAGAGAGAGGAUUUAACGGCUAUUCGUUGGAUCAGUUUGUUGAAAAUUUUGGACCUGAUUUCCGAGGAGAAAGUUUCUUCUCAAUAUUUGCCAUCUUUUUCCCAGCAGCCACUGGAAUACUUGCUGGUGCUAACAUUUCAGGAGAUCUUAAGGAUCCUCAACAAGCCAUACCUGUUGGUACUAUGCUUGGGAUUGUCAUCACGUCACUUUCAUACAUGAGUUUUGCAAUCCUCUUUGGAGUCACUUCUGAACGAGAAGUUUUGUCAGCCAAUGGAACUUUGAUUUUAUUUGAUGGACAAAAACAAGGACUUCAUCAUAAUUACAAUAUGAUGUCUUUAAUCUCUCUCUACGCUCCCCUGAUUACUGCCGGAACCUGGGCUGCUGCACUUUCCUCUGCCCUUGCCAGUUUAAUUAGCGCACCCAAAGUUUUCCAAGCUCUCUGUAAAGACAAACUGUUCCCUUACAUUCAGUAUUUUGGUAAAGGCGAAGGUAAAAACAAUGAACCUCGCCGUGGUUAUAUCUUGGCCUUUCUCAUUGCCCUUGCUGGCUGUGCACUCGGUGAUCUAAACGUAAUCGCACCAAUAAUCUCCAACUUUUUCCUGGCUGCUUAUUGUCUCAUCAAUUUUUCCUGUUUCCACGCUUCUUUUGCCAAAUCACUUGGUUUUCGUCCAUCAUUUCGUUACUACAACAUGUAUGUUUCAUUGAUUGGAGCCAUUCUCUGUCUGGUCGUCAUGUUCAUCAUCAAUUGGGCUGCUUCUUUAAUCACAUUCAUUAUAUGUUUCGCCUUAUAUUUCAUCGUUCUUUAUCGUAAACCAGAUGUCAAUUGGGGUUCAUCAACUCAAGCAGCAACUUACAGAUCAGCUCUUCAAACAGCUUAUAAACUUAAUCUCGUACCAGACCAUAUCAAAACUUACAGACCCCAGAUUCUGGUGCUUACUGGAAAUGCAUUUGCUCGACCGCCUCUAGUUGAUUUGAGCUAUCAACUUGCAAAAAACAUUGGUCUUAUGAUUUGUGGUCAUGUUGUUCAGGCUCGACUUAAUCAAAAAGCACGAGAAAAUAUCACUCAUCAAAAUAAUGAUUGGCUUAUUAAACGUAAAGUGAAAUCAUUUUACACACUUAGUGAUGAUCAAUCCUUUGUAUCUGGAGCUAAAUCGAUGAUUCAGUGUACGGGAAUAGGAAAAUUGAGACCCAACAUCUUAAUGCUCGGCUAUAAAAGUGACUGGCAAGACUGUAAUAAACAAGAGCUUUUAGAGUAUUUCGCUGUUAUCCAUGAGGCUUUUGAUAAACAUAUGGCUUUAUGCAUUUUGCGGCUAAAAAAGGGAUUAGAUCAUUCUAGAUAUGGACGAUUAUCGCACGGUGAUGAUGUCGAUGAGAAAACUCCGAAACAAAGUAAAGCAGACAAAAAAGCUGAAGCCAAAGAUAUUGAGAAAGGUGAAAGUUUACUUGCCGCUUACGAUUCAGUUACAUCUCAAACUAUUAGUGGGGAUAGUUCAGAUGAUGAGUCUCCUCUGGCAACAACUGUUAUCUAUGAUGACCAAAAGAGUGAACAUAAAUCAGCUCUUGUCUCUGGAAAAGAUGAAGAGAAGUCGAUUAUGCCUAAAAAUAUCUUAUCAACAAUCAAUCAAUUUCAAAGAAAACAAAAAAAGUCAACCAUUGAUGUCUGGUGGUUGUAUGAUGAUGGAGGAUUAACCAUGUUAGUGCCUUACAUUUUGAGCACACGGAAACAAUGGUCUGGUUGUAAAUUACGUAUUUUUGCUCUGGCAAAUAAAAAAGACGAUUUAAACCAAGAACAGCGCAACAUGGCUGCUCUUCUUAACAAAUUCCGAAUUGAAUAUUCUGAUGUUACCGUGAUAUCGGAUAUCGUUCGUCCUCCAACCGAAGAGAAUAGGCAAAAAUUUAACGAAAUGAUUUCCAAAUGGCGAACAAAAGAUUUAGACGAAGAACCAGUUAAAAUGAAUGAUUCAGGAAAUGAUGGUAGCGGAGAUUUUGAUGGGCUCAAUGUUCUUAUAUCAGAAUCUGAAUAUUUAGCUUUAAAAAAUAAAUCAUAUCGUCAUAUACGAUUAAGAGAGCUUCUAUUGCAACAUUCAAUGGAUGCAUCUCUCAUUGUUAUGACAUUACCAAUGCCUCGAAAAGGAACUUGCUCAGCAGCGCUUUAUAUGGCUUGGCUGGAAACACUAACAGCGGAUAUGCCUCCCUUCCUCUUCGUACGAGGCAACCAGACAAGUGUCCUUACAUUUUACUCUUAAAGUAGAAGACUUAAUUUGAUAUUACAAAAGUUGCACAAAAAGAAACAAAGUAAAAGGCUUUAUUUAGCUUCACACGGACGUCCUCACAAGUUCAAUGGCUGUUUCCAUUUUUCGUCUUUCUCUCUAUAUUUUUCCUUUCUUUUCAUCUUCAUUACUCUUGAAUUUCUAUUUUUCUCUCAUCUUCUUGCUCCUACACAACCACAAAAAACCACAAAAAUCUCUUUUGAAUUUGAUUUUUGUUUUCAUUAUUCCGUCUCUUUCCAUCAACCCAACUACGCUCUCUGUCUUUACUUUUUCAAUUACUUCCAAUACUUUUUCUAAUAUCACCCUCCCUGGGAACUGAACAAUUUUUUAUCAUUAUCUACUCUUUCCUUUCUCUUUCCUCUUUCACUUCAUUUCUUCUUUUCUUACCUUCUUUCGUCCCUAUGUGAAUCAUCUUGAGAAAUCUUUAGGUACAUUAGAAGGAUAAACUUUUAUGAAGCCAUUUUAUAAACAUUUGAGACUUAUCACGAAACAAGAGGAUCACUAACCAGAAUCCAGUAACAGUAUGUGGGAUAAAGCUGACCGAACCUGGUGUAAUUUUUGCAUAAAUCAUUACGAAAAAUUCAUUUCCAUUGAACAUCAAGCCUUAAAUUUUCCAUUAAUUUUGGUGCUUCGUCAAGGAAAGCCUUUUUAAUUUUUUAUGCUUCAUUGGGUAUCAAAGAUAUCAGGAUUAUUUAUUAACAUGACGCAAAUUGUUAAACACCAUUUUCAUAUUAACUGACAACGAACAUUUAGAUCACAAUUCAUCAGCAACUAUUAUUAAUGGAGUUUGGAUGAAACUAUAUUACAAGCCAAUUGAAAUCUCAUUUUUCUUUCA